UAGCGCGGGGUACUUGUUAGCAGCACAAAACAGAAAGUCAUAUUAAAUGACCAAGGUAUAUUAUAGUACUUUGUGAAAUCAAGCGAAAAACUCGAUACUAGCGAAAUCCCAAGAAAAAAUUAGCAGUAAUUUUAUAGCAAAUACAUUGCAAGCAAAGUAAUCCGAGAUAAAUAUUUUCUUGUGUAGAAAAAACGCAAUAUUUCGUGAAAAUGAGCAUGAAAUUGGACAUAAGUACAACAGAUACGUAUCAAAAAUUAUUUACGAAGCUUGAUAAUUCUGAUGUUACGUAUCAGAACUUCGUAAAGAGACUCGCCAAGUACCAUCUUCAGGUGAAGGCUAUAAUUCAGGACAUUUUAGAAUGCAGGGAGUCGAUGGAAGCGUUAAAUGAAUUGAACGAGAAGGGACGGGCAAAGAUAGCACAAUUAAGAGAGGAGAUGGAGAAUCUAGAGGUGUACGGCCGCGAGAGUGGUGAUGAUAAGUACAUGGUGGAGCUGGAAUCACAGAGGCAUAUGCUUGGAGGACUUUUAAAAGAGUUCCGAGAUGCAAACAUUAGUAGUUUGUUUGCUAUAGAGAAACAACAAAGAGAAGAGUUGAUGAAACCACAAGAUGGUGAGGAAUCCGUUGUCAGAAAUAGGAAUAAGAAAGUUGAUAGAGAUGGGCUGCUUAAAAUGUCUUCAGGUGUGACAGAACAGUUACUAUCCAUUAGUAGACAAUUGGCAGAUACAACACAGAGGAGCCAAGUUACAUUGGACAGUUUAGUGUCGUCCAGCUCUGCAGUACACGGUACACAAUCCGAGCUCCAAAAUACGGCAGGAACGAUCUCGCAGUCCAGCAAGUUGUUGAAGAAGUAUGGACGAAGAGAAUUCACCGAUAAAGUGAUAAUGUUCUUUGCAUUCCUCUUCUUUAUUGCUGUCUGCCUUUACAUUGUACAGAAGAGAUUAUUUUAAUUUCGGCAAACGGGUUAAAUAGACAUAAUAGGGUUUCAAUAUUAUGUAUGCACUUGUAAAGACAAUAGGUUUAUUAUUUAAAAAAGAUAACACCAUUAAUGAAGAGCUGUAAUAUCGAGUUCUUAGGUUUUCGCGAUU